UUCACAGCCAGGCUGAUCCUUCAGGCUUUUGUUGAGGCAGGGAAGCCAUUUUGGGAUCUUGCAGCAGUGUGGAAUUAGCAGACCCUGUCAACUUCCAAACUUCCCCAGCCGGAGACAGGAGGACCUAAGGAUAUGACACCCGGCGGCGUCAAGAGCGGGGAGACCUAGCAUGAUCUGAGACCUUGAGAAUGGAUUAUUCCCAUCUUCACACGUACGCUCCUCCCCAGUGUCUUCCUGAAAACACUGGGUACACCUAUGCUCUAAGCUCCAGUUAUUCCACUGCUGCGCUGGACUUUGAGAACUUGCAUAAAUUGGAUCCUGUCUUUGGUUCCCCGAGAAUGUCGCGGCGUAGUCUACGUUUGUCGAACACGACCGCCAACUUUUCUGAUGAUCUCCUCAACAGCAGUGUCGCCUCCAACGUCUCCUUCGCCGGGAGUGUUUCUAAUGAUAUGUCGAUUAACAGGUCUGGCAGACAGCGGCAUAACAGCAGCAUGCAGUCUUCUUCCAGCAACCGCCGUCUGUCGAUGAAAGGGGUUGCCAACGCCUCUUUUCAGAGCAGCUUCAGCACGCACGUCACCGACACCUCCACGUUGUCCACAUUAUUAGACGAGUCAUCGAUACGGGAGCAGACUGAAGUGGACCACCUGUGGGGCCUGGAUGAGGACGAUCCAAAAGCAGGGGACGCUACAAUGAUUCAAGCAAAUGGAGAUGUUCUCACCGCAGAAACGCAAACCACCCUAGUAAAUGGGUACACGUGCAACGACUGCAGCAUGCUGUCCGAAAGGAGCAACGUCCUGACCGCGUACUCUGCUUCUCGCAUGCCGGCCGUGUCCUCCUACACCGUGUCUACAAAAGUGUACUCCCGUGACCGGAGCCACAAGUCAAGAGAACUUCCUCAUUACGUGCACAAGGCAAUGGUGCUGGUCAGAAGUGCGAUGUCAUCCCUGACAGCACUGCUCAUGAGCCUCUUUCACAUGGUUAGGCUGAAGCUGGGUUAUGAGCGGAAAGCUCACUCGAAUUUCUGUGGAAGUAUGAAUGUGAAAGGCUAUCAGACGGAGGACGGACAUCUCCAUAUGAAUGGAGAAACCCUUUGUGAUGACUGUAAAGGGAUGAAACAACACGAAAAACAAACCACUGUCCACACGCAGUCCUCACGGGCUAGAAGGGUGGCGGGGUCCUUGUGGCACAUCUUUUCUUACACAGGUUACCUUUUAAUGCAAGCGGUGCGCAGUGCCGGAGCUGCUGGAUGGUUUGUAUCCAGGAAGGUGUUGUCGUUUCUUUGGUUGGCCAUUGUAUCACCAGGAAAGGCCGCCUCGGGAAUGUUUUGGUGGCUGGGCACAGGCUGGUACCAGCUUUCUACCCUGGUUUCCCUGCUGAACAUCUUUUUGCUAACUAGAUGCCUUCCAAAAGUUUCCAGAGCGCUGCUCCUCCUGAUCCCAUUGCUGCUGCUCCUGGGUCUCUGGCUAUGGGGCUUUGAUUCCUUACUUGCCAUGCUACCAUUAUUUAGCGGAUUUAGUACAACAAAAACAGCUGAAGAUCCUAUUCCCAUCCUGAAGCCAACGCCUGACGCUCAUAUACCCAGCACUGACAAGACGGAAGGGGGUCUUCAGUCUGACAGCAGAAUGCGGGAGCUGGAGAAGAAGUUUGGGUUAAUGGUUGCCAGCCAGAGUCAUCACGCAGAAGAUUACAACAAACUGAAGCUUCUGGUCUUGGAGAUGGAGAAACAGAUGGCUCAGAUGAAUGACCCGGGUCACAUGUCUGUGUUAAUUUCAGGGCUCCUCAGUGAGCAUCUGGGUAAAAUACAGAGAGAUGUACAGGACAAAUCCACGGAAGACCACUCUGUCAGUAGGAAUCACGAAGCCCGAAUCCUACACUUAGAAGCACUUCUGCGUAAACUAUCAGAGGCCGUUGAGGAAGACCGGAAACGAGCGCAGUCAAAUGCAAGUGAAAUUGGCGUUCAAGAUCAGAAUCAUUUACGGACAAGGAUUGAAAGUCUGGAAAAAGAGUUUGAAGCUUAUAGAGCAGAGUUCCUCAAAGAACAGAGCGUAAGGUCCAGCUGUGAUCUGCCAGACUGCAUACUUCAGAAGGUGGAUGCCAGGGUGAGAGAAUCUGUCCAAAUGAUGUUCGGGAGCCAAGCAAACUUGCCAGAGGCCUUAUUGCAGUGGCUUUCUGCCAACUAUGUCAGCAACGAAGACUUCAAUGCCAGACUGCGGGAAAUGGAGAUUCAUCUGUUGAGGAACAUCUCACAUCAAGUCUCGAUCACUGGAAAAAUCCCAACGUCGCAAAUGGUGGAAGAGACGGUGAGACGAGGGAUAGCCGGCAUCACUGAGCAGGAAGCGCGUGUCAUCGUGAAUAAUGCGCUGAAGCUUUACUCCCAAGACCGCACGGGCAUGGUGGACUUUGCGUUGGAGUCUGGAGGUGGAAGUAUCCUGGGCACUCGAUGCUCUGAAACCUAUGAGACCAAGACGGCACUCGUGAGCCUGUUUGGAGUUCCAUUGUGGUAUUUAUCGCAGUCCCCCAGAGUGGUUAUUCAGCCUGACAUGUACCCAGGUAACUGCUGGGCCUUUAAAGGAGCUCAGGGCUACCUGGUGGUGCGGCUUUCAAUGGAGAUAUUUCCAACGGCUUUCUCAUUGGAGCACAUUCCAAAGUCCCUCUCCCCAACUGGUAACAUCACAAGUGCUCCUAAGGAUUUUGCUGUCUAUGGCUUGGAAGACGAGUACCAAGAAGAUGGUGUCUUAUUGGUCCAGUCUAAGUACAAUGAAGAGGGAGAGCCUCUGCAAAUAUUCCAUGUCACGGAAGAGAACAGGAAGUCUUUCCAGAUUGUGGAGCUCCGAAUCCUCUCCAAUUGGGGGCAUUCCAACUAUACUUGUCUGUAUCGCUUCCGAGCACAUGGAACUCCCGUGAAAAAACCUGAAUAAAAGCUAUUCACAAAAUGAACACUAUUUUUUUUUUUAUGUUGUAAAUACUGAAAACCUGGAACACUGGAAUAUUUCCGACACAAGGGUGGGAGCGUUGUUCCAUAGAGGAUCCACAAGGCCUACAAGGAAUAUAAAGCCCCGCCAUCCAAGUCCAUUCGAUAUGUACUUGCCAGAAUGCUCUUAUUUUUUUCCUUUUUUUUUUUUUUCUCCAUGAAAUGCUGCAUGCCAAACCACUCAGGAUUGAAAGGCCAGUUAGCAGGAAACCCACUGGAAUGGUGGCCAACGAGAAGACCACGCUGCUUAGCAGAGCGAUCAGGGUUCUGGUAGAGCUCUCUUUCCAGAUAACUAAUCUGGAUGAACCCAAAACAUCUGGACAACCCUAGUAAGCAAGCAAUAAGCUAAGACACUAUUCAGAUGCAGUGCGGAGGUAACCAAAGCUUUUUUUCGACGACCACUCUGCCAUUUAAUUAAAGUUUGAUCGAUGAUCAAAUGGGGGAAGCACCUUAUCGAUAUCGUCCUAAAGUAGAAAAAACAACAACCAGUAAACAUAUCAUUGGGUUGUCCUCUUUUACCGAGUUGAUGAAAGCUGCGUUCAGUGACCAGUUUUUGGAAAGCUGGGUGAUGCCAGAUGUGGCGGUAGGUUGUUUUGCAGAAUGAGUGACCACCUCUUUUGAUGGCCUGUAAUAGUGGUCCUGGUGGUCUCCCCUAAAAGCUCUACAUGGGCCGGCUGCAGACCGCUGUAAUACGGCAGCAUUUUGAUGUCGCCUGACCCCUUGCGUCUUCACUAAAGGCUAUUAGAUCACAAUAGGAUUGAAUAGGGCAGGGAUGCUCAACAUGCGGCCCUCCAGCUGUUAUAAAACUACAACUCCCAUCAUGCACUGCUUUUGUUUUAUAACAGCUGGAGGGCCGCAGGUUGAGAAUCCCUGGUAUAGGGGUUGUUACAAGGCUUUUACACACAAAAUUGACAUUUAAAUGCAGCUGUACUGCAGCCUCCUGACGCUAGCCUUUUUUUUUUUUUUUUUUCCCCCUUUGAGGAUUUGCUUGAGGUAGACCUAUCUUGAUGCUUAUUUUGCCAAAAAUAGUAUUUGGACAUUGCUGGGAUAGAUACAAAGCUCUCUGGACAAGCAUCUCACCCCCAACAACAUGCACAAUUUCUAGUCCUGCUGCAUCGGCGUCUCCUUCUUUCAGUACCCUUUUAUUUGUAUAUUUUAAAUCAUUUUGAAAAGCUAGCCAAAAAUGUCCUAUUUUUAUGUAUUUCUAAAGACCUUUUCUAUAAGAUCCUCCGCUUUUGAGGUACGCCACAGAUCUUCACUGUGCUUUCGGCGCCGAGGUUCAUUCUUCUCGAUCAAGAACUGGAGGACUCCGCUGACCGGCUCUUUAAAUAGUUUAUAUGUACAAUGCACAACAGUCCAGUGAUGCAAGCGACUGCCUAUUCAUGAGAUGUACAGAAAUAGCAUUAUUAAAUAGGCCCUAUACUGCUAGGGGGGGAGGGGUGUAAAGGGAUCGUGUGUGUGUAUAUAUUUUUUUGUUUUUCCGAUAGAAAAUAACUAAAAAAAAAUUAAAAAAACUAAUUUAUUUUUAAAGAUUCCGCAUAGGACUGUGCAAUGUAUUUUUGUAAAGACUUUUUGAGCGGUUUUGUUUUUCAGUACGUGUUUUGCUUUGCUCCUAUAUUGAUAAGAUAUUGAAAUGUUUUAAAUAAAGAGUUUACUUUUUGAAUGCAUGUAAUAUUUGGAGAGGUAAAUAAACAGUCUACUACUU